AUGGUUGUACUACUCAACCGCACUUCGCGGAUCAGACACUUAUGUUGGCGCUCAUCGAUAAUGCGGACUCGAUUUAGAGACAUCUUUGUGCCACCGGUGAGCGGACAGACAAUGGGCUGUGCGAUCAGCAAAGUUCAUAAACGCUUCAUUGAGACCACAAGAGGUGCUUCAUCUUUCAAUAUACAGAUCGUAGACAUCCAUAAUCUCAACGCAUAUUUCACUGAUGACGACAAUCCCAAUCCCAAAUGUAUCUUCAUUUUCGGUGGUUCGGGCUCUAAUAAGGGACAGUUUAUUUGGGAAUUACUUCAAUUGAAUAACGACACGAAUGCCGACGAUUCCUAUAUCUAUCACUACAUAGAUGUGGAGAAACUCAUUAUAGAGAACAUUGGAAAACGAAUCAAAAAGUUAACGUCAGAGAAGACGGUUAUAAAUCGCUACUUAUUAUAA